ACCGGCAGGAACUGAUUCAGCAGCGGCGCGUUUACGCUCUCGAGUCACUCCAGCGCUGCCGACUGUCGGGAUGUGACCCCGGAACAGGACGCCUCCUCAUACACAACACAGCUCUCAAAUACAACAAAAACGACAGAAUCCUGGACCAGGAGAGCAGUGCGUCAGGAGCAGGGGGGAUGAACCGAGAGGAAGCCCCUGGCAAGUCUCCUGAGGAGAUGUACAUCCAGCAGAAGGUGCGGGUGCUGCUCAUGCUCAAGAAAAUGGGAUCAAAUCUGACACCAAACGAGGAAGCGUUUCUGCGGAAUUAUGCAGGCGUGGUGCACAGCCAGAUGAGUCAGUUGCCACAGCACCCUAUUGACCAGGGAGCUGAGGAUGUGGUGAUGGCCUUUUCAAGAUCAGAAACCGAGGACAGGAGACAGUGACCUCUCGCCAUGUCGAGUCACUACAGUUGAACACAGCUGACUGAUGGAGAGGGCGGAGCCUGAGACGAGAGAGGGGCGGGGCUCUGCUGCAUGCCAGUUGCCCCACUUCCCCAUUCCCCUCUUCUUCCUCACACUAACUGUUACACUAUCGAGCCCUGCGGCCGCACUACCUGAUGACUUAUAGCAAGCAAGUCUGAAAGGGUUUUUAAGUUUAAUUUUUGCAUCAACCUUCCUUAAAAUGGCGUUUUAUAUUUGUUCCCAUGAGAGACUUAAUGGACCAAGAGCUUCAUUUGUCUGGUCAAACUACGAAAGAAUAUAAAUCGCCUUAUGGGUUAUGUUAUUGCAGCCAUUUUUUUUUCUGUGCAUUUAGUUUCUUGUUUUAAUUGUCCACAGGAUCCUGCAGGUAGACUAUUUUUUUGUUUGUUUACUUUAUUAUUUUCAGGGGUUUCGAUUGUUUAGUAGUCGUUCGCGUCGCAGUUUCAUCAAAAUUACAUUAAUGUUGUUGUGGAGGAUUGUCAAAACGGACGAGGCCCGCACACACUCACAGAACGAUGUACGCAAAUGACCUGACGUUUCAUGGUCUCUUUUUUCAAUGUUUGGAUUAAUGUGAAAUUUCAUAGUCUUUUUUUGCACAGAACGUGACAAAAAAGUAGAAAAGGGAACGAGUUGUGCCAACUGUGUUUUUAUGUAAAAUAUUUCUAAAGGUAUCUAAUGAAUGUCUUAGGUCCUUAUUUAUUUUUUCAGUCUCUUUACAUUUAGACAAACACAGACCCCUUUUCAACUUCAAUUCUGAUAUUUAACUACGUUUUAAUACAAAUGAUUUUAGGAAACGAAAUAACGACAAAUUUACACAUCAAAUGGAAAGCCUUAGCCUUAAGCGUUGUAACGUAACGUGCCAUACUCUGGUGUGGGUAUGUUUCAGCAUAUAUUUGACCGUCUGAUUCAGUGGUGCUAGUGAAACACACGUUUUUAGUUAUUCUAAUUGAAGUCGAAUAUAAGUUUGUGUGAAUUCAGAAGAUGCUAAACAUCCAGCGACAACAUAAUGAAAACCAAACCUUUUUUCUAUUAGGAAUUCAAUUAAAUCAGUUUUGUGUUUUGGCCUCUGACCUCUUUGGUAACAUUAUUUGAUGUUCAGUAUUUAAUGUGUAUCCAUGUUUUGACAUAAUUAUCGUACCUUAGUGUUUUGAAAUGACGCAUGCCUGCAUUGUGGUCUGUGGUGUAUGUUCAAGUAGCUCUCUAAUGGUCAUAAGAGCCUUGCUGCAUUAAACAUCAGUGUACACCUCUUUUUAAUCUGUGGAUGCAAAUCUUUUGAAAAUGGCUUAUAGUUCUCGCUAAUAUCAGCAAUAAGUCGUAUUUGAUUGAAUGUUUUCAGUAAUCAAGAUUACUUGUCCAUGUGACAGCUGCAUUUUGACAGGAACAUGCAUCUGAUUUCUUUUUAACUGUAAAUCUUUAUUUUGUCUAUGCAUUGUUUUUGUUUUUUUUUAACAUCAGAAGCAUACAGUCUGUCUUACAUGCACUCAUUUCUGGUUGGGUUUGUGGCCUUUGAGCUUUGCAUCCAUUGAAUGUCACUCUGGAUUCUUGUUUAACUCAUUGACUUCACUUGCAUGUCAUUCAUACUCGCUUGAGCUGUUAAACUUUUUAAUGUGAAUUUAUUUUCUUUUUUUUAUUGUUUAAAAAUUCGAUUGAAUGGUUGACCUCGUCCCUUGACUUAAAUGCAUCCAAAAUCUAUACCAACUGAACCAUUAAAGGAGUUGAAAACUGCCUGUUGUAUUG